AUGGGUAAGGAGAAGACUCACAUCAACGUCGUCGUUAUCGGCCACGUCGACUCCGGCAAGUCGACUACCACCGGUCACUUGAUCUACAAGUGCGGUGGUAUUGACAAGCGUACCAUCGAGAAGUUCGAGAAGGAAGCCGCCGAACUCGGCAAGGGUUCCUUCAAGUACGCAUGGGUCCUUGACAAGCUCAAGGCCGAGCGUGAGCGUGGUAUCACCAUCGAUAUCGCUCUCUGGAAGUUCGAGACCCCCAAGUACUACGUCACUGUUAUUGAUGCUCCCGGUCACCGUGAUUUCAUCAAGAACAUGAUCACUGGUACUUCCCAGGCCGAUUGCGCUAUUCUCAUCAUUGCCGCUGGUACUGGUGAGUUCGAGGCUGGUAUCUCCAAGGAUGGCCAGACUCGUGAGCACGCUCUCCUCGCCUACACCCUCGGUGUCAAGCAGCUCAUCGUUGCCAUCAACAAGAUGGACACCACCAAGUGGUCCGAGGCCCGUUUCUCCGAGAUCAUCAAGGAGACUUCCAACUUCAUCAAGAAGGUCGGCUACAACCCCAAGCACGUCCCCUUCGUGCCCAUCUCCGGUUUCAACGGUGACAACAUGAUUGAGGCCUCCAGCAACUGCCCCUGGUACAAGGGUUGGGAGAAGGAGACCAAGGCCAAGGCCACCGGUAAGACCCUCCUCGAGGCCAUCGACGCCAUCGACGCUCCUACACGUCCCACCGACAAGCCCCUCCGCCUUCCUCUCCAGGAUGUCUACAAGAUUGGCGGUAUUGGCACGGUCCCUGUCGGUCGUGUUGAGACCGGUAUCAUCAAGGCCGGUAUGGUCGUCACCUUCGCCCCCGCUGGUGUCACCACUGAGGUCAAGUCCGUCGAGAUGCACCACGAGCAGCUUACUGAGGGUGUUCCCGGUGACAACGUCGGCUUCAACGUCAAGAACGUCUCCGUCAAGGAGAUCCGUCGUGGCAACGUUGCCGGUGACUCCAAGCAGGACCCCCCCAAGGGUGCUGAGUCCUUCAACGCCCAGGUCAUCGUCCUGAACCACCCUGGUCAGGUUGGUGCUGGUUACGCCCCAGUUCUCGAUUGCCACACUGCCCACAUUGCUUGCAAGUUCUCCGAGCUCCUCGAGAAGAUUGACCGCCGUACCGGAAAGUCUGUUGAGAACAGCCCCAAGUUCAUCAAGUCUGGUGACGCUGCCAUCGUCAAGAUGGUUCCCUCCAAGCCCAUGUGCGUUGAGGCUUUCACUGACUACCCCCCUCUCGGUCGUUUCGCCGUCCGUGAUAUGCGUCAGACCGUCGCCGUUGGUGUCAUCAAGUCCGUUGUCAAGGCCGACAAGGCCGGCAAGGUCACCAAGGCUGCCCAGAAGGCCUCCAAGAAAUAA